UAUAUAUAGCAGAGGACUGUCUCGUUGCGCAUUAGAUAGCCGUCCAGUACUACAACGGUGCAACAUAUCUGAAAGCCUGUCCGAGUCCGAGCCAUGGCCCAACUAACUCAGAAGGAGAAACAGCUGUACACCGCGUUCUUCCACCAGGUGGACAUUGAUGGGAAUGGAUACAUCACCCUGGAUGAACUGGCCACCUUGUGCAAAAAACUCAAGUUCGAUAUGACGCGACAACAGAUUGUGGAUCUGUUCUUGUCCAUGGACCUCGAUGGAAACUUCAAGAUUACCCUGGAUGAAUUCCUCGCUGCCAUGCCAAAUAUAGCAGAGGAAAAACGCUCGCAUGGUGAGAUGAGGCGGGCAUUUGACCAGAUAGACAAGGAUGGCAAUGGUCUGCUGGACGCUGACGAGCUGAAGGACGUGCUGACAAGAUGUGGACGUUCGUUGUCGAUGAAGGAGGUGAAGAGUCUCAUUGCUAAGGUCGACGUCAACGGGGACGGGAAGUUGGACUUUAAUGAAUUUGUGUCUCUGUUUGCUUAGGACUACAUGUAACGAUCUUAGGGCCACGACGGCCGUACCUUUAUAUUUCAGGUGCGGGAGUUACGAUCGUCUUAGUGCUAAGAUCGCUUUGUGGAACGAAGGCCCUGACACAAUACGGUGGUUGCCAAACACGAAAUCGUAUACCAUAUUCGACAAUCACCAGCUUUUGAUCUAGGUAGUACACCAAGAAUAGCCAUGGGACUUAGAACAUAUAUCGGUUUAUCCAUACUUCGAGACAAGAGAUGUUCGGCAUCAAACCACAGUACAAAUAGUUUCUCUCGGUACCAUGCAGUUACUUCGUCAUAAACGAUAUAACGAUAUGUCGAGUUUAUGGGACUAGAGGUAAAGAGGUUUCUCUGUAUUGGAAUAUGGAAAUGUUAUUGUUUCGCUGCUUUGGGAAUAUGUAUUUCAAUAUGUUCAUAAUCAGAAGAAGGGGAAGCUUCAAGUUGGUAACAGUAUAAUAUUCUGAUCAAUAUAAUAGCCACAUAGUCUAUACCCUAUUAACAUUUAAGAACUGCAACUUAAUCAAAUCAUAUAUAAACCGACGGCCAAAAGAAACGUUGCCAUAGUUUUAAAUCACUCUAGUUUAAAAACCACAAAUGAUGCAUGAUUAAAAAUGAAUUAAAAAGAUCAAAAUCUCAACGAAAUCAACAUCUAAAAUGACAGUCAUACAGUUUCCGGUAUUGGCAUGGCAGAUGCCCGAAUUGAGGUGGGUAGCAAAAAACAGCUUUCAACGUAGUGGCCAAAAGUUACACACAUCUAAAAUCUCUCAUGUUCAAUGAAACGUCACAUUUAUACUUAACGAUGACCAGCGGUGUUCUCUCCCUCCCACAAAUUCCUCCUUACACCACAACACCCCCUUCAUCAUACGAAACGACCUCCUGAACGCAAUAUGCCGCCGUUCGUUCUCCCUUCGGUGGUAAACUAGCUGACUUCCAUUAGCUGUGAACAGAGAUACUCGGAUUUGACCGAAGACGACCCUCUACAAGUCACGUCGCUGCCAACGACGCACAUUUCGGGCCCACCUCAAUCUCUGACGUCAUUGUUCAGCUGUCAAUAACUGUAAGGUACGCAGGUACCGGUCUUCGUUGGGCGUAGUUACCCUGGGUCUGCCUGUCUGCCCUAUGUGUCUAUCACCUUGCAUGAGGUUAGUUACAGCAACACAGGAGCAACCAAAAGUUCUAGCAAUGUAGGCAUUCGUGGCUCCCAUCUUUACCAUACCCAAGGCCCGCUCGCGUUAUAAGGGUGUCAGUUGUGGCAUUUCUGUGGUCUUUCGCCAUCAGAGUGAGUAUCUUACAUGACGUCUGUAUCAUUUAUAAACCCUUAUUGCACGUAUUGUUUCAGCUGCCAAAGCGGCACGUGUUUUUCAUUUUUCGCAUUUUCAACAAAACAAAUUGUGGACGUGUAUCACUUUAAGCACAGAACAUCAUUGUGUUUGGACGAUGUGUUUUGCAUUGAUAUAGUUUAAAAUUUGUGUUUUUAAUUUUUUACAAUUAACUCGGUAAAGUUUCUUUUGGCCGUCAGAUAUGUUAUAGCGGUUUCACUAUAUUGGGAUGGUAUUAUUGUAUCAGACCCAAAAUCAACUACGAUAGCCGUAUGAAGUAUAUCCCCAUAGAAUAACCAUGUUUAAUUCUAGCUACCAUCAAACAUGGGUGUAUACUUUCUUUUGCCCGGCAGUGUAUACUUGUAUGCAUGUCAUUCCCAUGAUUGAGAUAACAAACAUCGAAAUUUCAAAUUGAGAUGAUCCAUGAUCAAUGAUCCAUGAUCGAUGAUAUCUAUGUACAGGAGAAUAACAUAUAACGAGAAGAAAUUCAAUUUUAUUUGAAAUUAUAUUUGAAUAAAUAUAUAUCACAUCAA